AUGAAUACCUCGACCCUCUUAAGGCACUCCCUCCGUGCUAGCGGCCGGCAAGCCACGAUAUCCCGUCCAUACGUGGGUACCCACUUCUCACGACGACUUGCAAGCACGCUAGCACUCUUCGAACAACGGGACGGUAAACUCCAAUCCUCGGCGCAGAAUGUUGUCACCGCAGCCAAAAAGCUAGGAAACCCUGUUAUUGGAUUUGUAGCUGGUAAAGCUGCCAAGGAGGCUGCAGAGCAAGCUGCAAAGAUUGAGGGUCUGGAUAAGGUUGUUUAUGUUGCGAAUGAGGCUUAUGAGAAGGGCUUACCGGAAUCAUACGCCCCUCUUGUUGCUGAAAACGCUGCCGACGAUGUAACUCAUAUAGUAUCAAUGCACUCCGCCUUCGGCAAGAAUGUCAUGCCCCGUCUCGCUGCCAUCCUCGACGUCCAGCAGGUUUCCGACGUCAUCUCGAUUGAGUCAGCAGAUACCUUUGUCCGACCAAUCUAUGCCGGUAACGCCAUUGCCACAGUACAAUCUUCAGACCCCAAGAAACUUCUUACAAUCCGUGGAACUGCAUUCGGAAACGCACCGGCGGGGAGUGGGGCUGCCGAAAUCGUUGAGGGGAAGGAUUCAAAGCACCAGGGAUCAGUAGAAUGGGUUGAGGAGAAUCUUACAUUGUCUGAUAGACCGGAUCUGGAUACUGCAUCGAAGGUGGUUAGCGGUGGACGAGGUCUUAAAGACAAGGAGAACUUCGAAAAGAUUAUGAUCCCACUAGCGGACUCCAUGGGAGCUGCCAUUGGUGCUAGCAGAGCAGCUGUUGACAGUGGAUUUGCUGAUAACUCGCUGCAAGUUGGGCAGACUGGUAAGGUUGUGGCGCCCGAGCUAUACCUGAGCGUCGGUAUUAGCGGUGCCAUUCAGCAUCUUGCGGGUAUGAAGGAUUCCAAGGUUAUUGCUGCGAUUAAUAAGGAUCCCGAUGCACCUAUCUUCCAAGUUGCGGAUGUCGGCUUAGUAGCCGAUUUGUUUAAGGCUGUGCCAGAGUUGACCGAGAAGCUGAAGAAAUAG